CGAACCUUUUUUUCUCUCCCCUUUCAACGACUAUGUACGGGAUGUUACCUAAGAGAAGAAGAUCAUAGAGCUCAAUCAACAAUCUAGUCACUGUCGGAAGACACCACCAUCUGAAACCACGGUACAUACUCCGAGGGGCGCAACAAUGUCCAAGUUGGAAAUCAUACACGCAUACCGCCAUUUAUAUCGCGGGCUACUUCAUGCCGUCCAAUUCUCUAAACCAGCUAGAUAUGUAGCACAAGACCGGUUAAGGACGGCAUUUCGCGCGCAACAAUUCGAGUUCGAUCCUCGAAAAAUAGCUAGGACGCUACGCUUUCUAGAGGCGGCUGCGAGAACUCGUGGCUUAGAACACAAUAUUCUCAAAAAUCUUCUAAUAACAGCCUCCCUCCGGCGCGGCCCCUCCAGGUCUUGGAAACCAAUAAAAGAAUCUGACAAACCAACAAAACUCUUUGAGAAACACAUUAAAAAAUCGGCUUACGUACACUAUGAGACAACCGUAGCUAUGCUCAAUGCAUCUAUGGGCUUAUGCUUGCGAUAAAAUAUGACCGACUACGGAUGUAGAAAUAUCUAGGCAAUGCAUCAAGCGUGCAGAUUCACGAACGCCUUGAUUCCCCGGCUUCCCUACGCCAAUCGGCAACAGGGUUCUAUGUAGACUGUUCU